CUGUUUACAGAGAGGGGGCACCAGCGUAGGCAAACUCUUAGCUCUGAACAAGCCUUUGCUAAAAAUCACCGCUCUCUCCAAGGCAACAAAACAAUAUAGAAUAGGGCUGACGGCGUGCUGCAAGCACAGAGGCUCCAUCGACACGACAAGGCGCUUUCCCGUGGAAUGAGCAUUCCAUGCAGCAUCCUAGGCAUGAAUGACGUGGGUUGGCAGGAGACGAGAGGUGGGAUGCUGCAUGCAAAUGGUGCUCCUGAAUCCGGGGGUGUUCGGGUCCACGGCGGCGGGCCGCUGACCGCGGUCGGGGGUGGUGGACAGGCUCCUGGCGGACCACAUUUACAGGGUAUGGACAGAAAUUCCAACCUCACCCCAGGUACGCCGCAGCCACCGCUGAGCGGAAGAUCCCAGGACGACGCCACAGUUGGAUACUUCUUUCAGAGACAGCCUGGAGAGCAACUUGUGGGUUGCACUCCUAACAAGCACCGCUGGCCAACUGGAGAUGCUAAUCAUGUCGAUCAGGUUCGGACCGUAGAUGAAAUGAAUUAUGACUUUCAAGCUCUUGCUCUGGAGUCAAGAGGAAUGGGAGAGCUUUUGCCAACAAAAAAGAUCUGGGAUUCUGACGAACUUGCCAAGGAUGGAAGGAAAGGCAUGCUUCUUGGUGAAGAAUGGAGGGAGAAUGCAUGGGCAACGUCUCAUCAUUCAGUGUCCCAGCCAAUAAUGGUACAGCGGCGGCCUGGCCAGGGCUUCCACGGGAACGGCGACACAAAUUCUGUGCUUUCCCCUCGCUCAGAGGGCGGAGGCCUGGGUGUGAGCAUGGUGGAGUAUGUCCUGAGCUCUUCCCCCGGGGACAAGAUGGAAGGUCGCUACAGGAACGGGGGCUAUGGCGGAGGAGAUGCCGACCAGGACGGAAGAGAGAAGAGUGACGUACAAGAGAAAGUGUCACCUUUUGAGGAAGACAAAAGCCCCGAGAUGAAGGUGGGAGAGGACAACGAUCCAGCUAAAACCAAUGGAAGAGGUCUGCUGAACGGCAUGGAUAGAGACUGCAAAGACUUCAAUCCGACCCCUGGAAGCCGCCAAGCGUCCCCCACUGAGGCCGUGGAGAGGAUGGGUCCCACUCAGGCAGGUUUGGAAAUGAUGGCGCAGCACCAUCCUCACGUCCUCCAGCAGCAAAACCCGGCCCAGAACAAGGUCCCUGCCGAGGACUUCCAGAACCAGGAAGCCCAGAACAUGGGUGGCAUGGAGCAGGGGGGCGGUGUAGAGUCUUUACAGUUCGAUUAUGCCGGGAACCAGAUCCAGGUGGACUCGUCAGGAACUCCAGUAGGAUUGUUCGACUACAAUUCUCAGCAGCAGUUGUUCCAGAGAUCUAAUCCCCUGACAGUUCAGCAGCUCACAGCAGCUCAGCAGCAACAAUAUGCCCUGGCUGCAGCUCAACAACAGCAUCUCGCUGGACUUGCUCCAGCGUUCGUGCCAAAUCCUUACAUCAUUAAUGCCGGCCCGCCUGGAACCGACCCGUACACCGCCGCCGGCCUGGCGGCAGCAGCCACGCUCGCAGGCCCCACAGUUGUUCCACCGCAGUACUACGGCGUUCCUUGGGGGGUGUAUCCCGCCAAUCUUUUCCAGCAACAGGCUGCAUCCACUGCCAAUCACUCAGCUAAUCAGCAAGCAUCCAACCAGGGACCAGGGCCGGGACAGCCGCAGGUGAUGCGCACAGGAGCCAACCAGCGGCCUCUUACACCAGGGCAAGGACAGCAAAGUCAGCAGGAGUCUAUGGCUGCAGCAAACCCUGCACUGGCUUACGCAGGAAUGUCCGGUUAUCAGGUGCUGGCUCCCGCUGCCUACUAUGACCAAACUGGAGCCUUGGUGAUGGGCCCUGGCGCUCGGACUGGUCUGGGUGGUCCGGUCCGUCUUGUACAAACCCCCCUCCUCAUUAACCCAGCUGCAGCACAAGCCGCAGCAGCUGUAUCUGCAUCUGGCUCUGGUAACAACAUGUCUGGACCCCCAGCCAACGGACUGUACCGCUCCAUGCCUCAGCCUCAGCCACAGCAGCAGCAAGCCCCCCCACCCAGCAGCGGCCUGCCCUCCAGCUCUUUCUACGGUUCUGGAUCGGUGCCCAACACCUCCCAGAGCAGCUCUCUUUUCUCCCACAACUCUGCUGCACAGCCGCCGCCAAGUUCCUCCCUGGGCUUCAGCAGCACGGGCGGCUCUCUUGGCGUGGGGCUGGGCUCUGCCCUCGGAGGUUUUGGCUCCUCAGUGUCCAGUUCGACCAGUAGCAGCGUGUCUCGCAGGGACUCGCUGUUGGCGAGUUCUGACUUAUACAAGCGCGGGGGCAGCAGUUUAACCCCUAUUGGUCAACCUUUUUACAACAGCCUGGGUUACUCCUCUUCACCCAGUCCUAUUGGCCUUACACCAGGUCACUCCCCACUCACUCCUCCGCCUUCUUUGCCUUCUUCCCAUGGGUCGUCCUCCAGCCUUCACCUCGUUUCCAGCUGGCCGGUCACCAGUCAAGGUGGCCUGACGAAUGGCAGCGGGCGUUACAUUUCUGCUGCUCCAGGAGCGGAGGCCAAAUAUCGCAGUGCCGGCGGCACGUCCAGCCUGUUCAACUCCAGCAGCCAGCUGUUCCCGCCCUCUCGACCCCGUUACAGCCGCUCCGACGUCAUGCCUUCCGGACGCAGCCGCCUUCUCGAAGAUUUUAGAAACAACCGUUUCCCGAACCUUCAGCUGCGUGACCUACCGGGACACAUGGUGGAGUUCUCCCAAGACCAGCACGGAUCCAGAUUUAUCCAGCAGAAGCUGGAGAGGGCCACUCCUGCUGAGAGGCAGAUGGUGUUUGGAGAAAUCCUUCAAGCGGCGUAUCAACUGAUGACCGACGUGUUUGGGAAUUACGUCAUCCAAAAGUUCUUCGAGUUUGGAAGUGCAGACCAGAAGCUGGCUUUGGCGACGCGUAUUCGUGGGCAUGUCCUCCCCCUGGCGCUGCAGAUGUAUGGCUGCAGGGUCAUUCAGAAGGCUUUGGAGUCCAUUUCCUCAGAGCAGCAGGUAAUUAGCGACAUUGUGCGAGAGUUGGACGGCCACGUGUUAAAAUGUGUGAAGGACCAGAAUGGGAACCAUGUGGUACAGAAAUGCAUCGAAUGUGUCCAGCCUCAGGCUCUGCAGUUCAUUAUCGAUGCCUUCCAGGGACAGGUUUUUGUGCUGUCCACACAUCCGUAUGGCUGCCGGGUAAUCCAGAGGAUUUUGGAGCACUGCACUCAGGAGCAAACGCUGCCGAUCUUGGAGGAGCUGCAUCAGCACUCUGAGCAGCUGGGCCAGAAAUAUCAAGGCGUUUCAUUGGAGAUGACACCCAAAACAUAUUAUACAGUGUCCCGCGAUGCACUGUUCAAGGAUCAGUACGGUAACUACGUCAUUCAGCAUGUUUUGGAGCACGGCAGGCCAGAGGACAAGAGCAAGAUAGUGGCGGAGGUUCGCGGAAAGGUUUUGGUCCUGAGCCAGCAUAAAUUUGCGAGUAACGUCGUGGAGAAGUGUGUGAUCCACUCCUCGCGCGCAGAGAGGGCUCUUCUGAUAGACGAAGUGUGCUGCCAGAAGGACGGACCCCACAGCGCCUUGUACACCAUGAUGAAGGACCAGUACGCCAACUAUGUCGUCCAGAGAAUGAUUGACAUGGCAGAACCUGCUCAGCGGAAAAUCAUCAUGCACAAGAUCAGGCCUCACAUCGCCACUCUGCGCAAGUACACAUACGGGAAGCACAUUCUGGCUAAACUAGAAAAGUACUACAUGAAGAGCGGCUCUGAGCUCGGCCCCAUCGGCGGCCCCACGAACGGACUCAUGUAAUCGACACACUGGGUCCCCCGAAGAAGUGGAGGAGCUUGAAGCCCAACCCCCUCUGCUCUGUGAGCGAUCGCUCCGUUAGCCAUAGGUCUUCGAUCCGAUCGGUCGUCCCCUUUCUCCCGUGGGGAUGACCUGUUUACCAAAAAAAACAAAACAAAAAGACAAGUCAAUUUCGCCUAAGAUUGCUGUGACAACUGACCCCUGCCACUCUGCCACCCCUGCCCAAGCCCCCAGUACGGGCGCCCAGGGGCCGCACAGUCCGCAGGCUACGUUUAGUUUUCCUGGGUAAAGCACAAGCCCGCUGUUAAUGAUGUAAUUGAUGUAUUUGACUGGGUUUUUUCAUAUUGUACAUUUAAUUUUUUUUUUACCUUGUAAAUUCUCUGUAGAAAAAAAAAAAAGAAGAAAUUAUUACGCGAUCGCUGAAAUUUACAAUUCUUACAAUUAACACCAGCAAGUGACUUUAUAAGGCAAAGUGAUUCUUUUAAAACACAAGUCCCGUUUGUUUUGUUUUUUUGUUUUUUUUCUAGCCAGAUUUAAAAUGUCAGCUGUCCUGAUGAGCUCUAGGUGAUUGAAUUUUAUAUUUGUAUGAGAAUCCCACGCACAGUACAAGUGUUUUUCGCAUGCCAAAGCAGCUAAAUGAGUUAGUUUUCAAAUGGCACUAAAGAUUUCGGAUCACGGGGGCCGAGCAGUCGCCCAGAGGGUCCUCAAGACCUUUUAUUUGUAUUUCUUUCUUCAGCUUGCCGUUGGGGAUUGGUGCUUUAGUCUUGGGUUCAUGUUUCACUUGUGGCUUUUUUCUUGCCUCCAGACCUUGUCGGGGGGGGGGGGAGGCCACACGUUUACUCCAGCAGCUCCGGUACUCCCUGCCGCCAAGCGGGGCAAAUCCCAGCUGCUGCUUUCAUGGAGCCCCCGUUUUUUGAGCCGUUCUUCUUCUUUCCCUCGUUCAGGUUCUCGUUCUGGGGUUAACGCCGGAAGAAAAGCUACGAUUUGAUUGAAGAAAAAAAACAAAAAAAGAAGCAGAGCAUGAGGUUUGGUUGUACAGCGGGUUUAAUCUUAACUUGACCAUAUUAUUGGGGCGGGUGGGGGGCUUUUACGUAUUUUGGGGGGAGGGGGGGGCAGGAACCGUGUUCGCAUGCCGUGAUGGGUUUUAAUCCCUUGAAUUAUUUUAUUCUAUAAUUUUUUUUUUCUUCCUUAAUCAUGUUUUGUCUAAGAUCCGUCUUGUAGUUGGAGAUGAUCACUGCCCUAGAAAACGGUAUAUUUAUGUACUAAAUAAUCAUCUCUUACGUAGAAGUAGUUCAGUGAUGUAUAGCAACUUUAUGUACGAGUAAAAUUGUUGCCUAUUGGGUGGGAUGGAUGGAUGGGGGGGCGGGGCUUGCGUUGAUGAUGAAACUCCCACCGCCUGGAGGUCAGAGCAGAGUCCAAGAGAUAUUUCUGGGGGCGGGAGCUAAUCCCAAUUUUCUGUCUGAGGUGAAAUGAACUAGAAGUAGUGAGAUGAUUUAAGGAAAGGGAUGUUUGAAGAACUCUUUUUCUAUUGGUUCUUUUCUUUCUUUUUCCUUUUUUUUUUUUUUUUAAUAUAUAAAUAUAUAAAUAGUUUUUAUUUUCCGUUUUUGCUUGGGUUUGCAAGUGCAGCUGCGGAGGCCGGCCAAGGCCGUCGAAAACGUAUACAAUUCACCCGUAAUGCUCGUAGUGAUGGCUUCUUUGCUUCUUAUCAAUUGUAGAUGACAUGUAGUAUAUGUGCAGUUAAUAAGUGUAAGAUUUGUUAAAUCAAAAAUAUGUUUAGCUGUGGUGUUUUUCUUUGUUUUUGUUCAUUUUUUUUUUUUUUUUUUUGACAGGCCUUGCUCUAAAUUUGUAGUGAUGCUUUUAUUUCGUCUGUACAGUUGUACAUUUGUAAACGUUCGAUGCUGUAAAUGGGAUGUCUUUUACACUUUUUUUGAGGGGGAGAAAAAUAGCAAAAAUUGUUCAUUUAGAUGUGUGUGUAUAUUCAUCACUCCUUUCCCCUUGAAUAUAAUGUAUACAGUUUUAUUUCAAGUAUUAUUUUAAAGGAAACAAAAAAAAGAAAACCCAAUAUGGCUUCGCAAUCUGGCAUGAAUCUUUUGUUUGUUUUUAAUCUGUUAUGGAAAGGCCAGCCUCUAUUUGUACUGAAGCUGUAACAUCAACUGUUGAUAGUCUCUAAUGUGUGACAGUUUUAAAAUGAGAGAAAACUAAUAAUAAGAAGAAACAUUCUACUAAAAUUGAGGUCGCAUUUAGUCCUCUGUGCUACCAUGGAAACUUCACAAGAUAUGACGAGAAUUAUUUUUGUACAGAUGAGUGCUGUGUUUUUGGAACAGCCACCACCUUGUAAGCAAAAGAAAUGUAAAAUAUUGUCAAUUAUAUAAAUAUGAACAUAUGAGUUUUUGUCACACCGUCAGUCAUGUACAUUUUCAGGUGGCCUUAUGUACAUUUCCAGAUGUUAGAUGAAGAAAACAAACUUCUUUUUUUUUUUCUUUUGGAAGCAGAAUUGUGACUAUGAUUAAAUUGUUCUUCUAACAUUUCA